GUAAUGAUGGCGACAGUGACACGGUGAGGUGUGGGCGACGGUGAGAGGAAGGGGAACUGAAGGCAGCGACGCGACUCCAGGAAAGUUGGACUAGCGCCGGCGAAAAGAACGGUCCGGGCUAUCUUGGCGUUCUUCGAGGUGAAAGUCGAUCGACUUCAUCACUUCAAGGCGCUGCUGGACAAAUUGUGCAUCAUGCCGCUUUCCGCUGUCAAGGCCGUGGCCAAAGGCCAGAACGGCGUCGGCGCCUUCAUCCUCCAGUGCAAACGCCUCGACUUCCACUACUGCGACUGGGCCGGGAGUUCUAGGGGCAUGAACGCGUUCAUUCAAAAGCGUCUGCCCCAAUUCGCGCGCGAGAACCCUCAAAUCGAAAUCACUGUCUCCCCUCGACCGCAUAAACAUCCUGUCGUCAAGGGCCACUACAUCAAUGGACGAGAAAAGGCCGUCUGUGUAAGGAAUAUGACAACCGAGAUGAUCCUCGAGAAAGCAAGCCUACUGAGGGAUGCCAGUGGCGAGAAGUUGAAGAGGGUGAACAAGCCGGUGACCAGCGUCAACGAGAGCGUGAGAGGCAUUUGGAGUCCAUAUCACGGCGCGCAGUAUAAAAUAUGAGAUGCGCAAAGAG